AUCGGCAAAAUCGUGGCUGAAAUCGCUGAAAUCUCGCCAGUUUCAUUUGAGCCGCGCUAAAAAACGAUACGCGACAACGGCUGACAGAAAAAUUAACGAUAAUUUAAUGCAACAACAAGCAGAAAAAAAUAGUUAAAAACAACUACAAACGAGCAGCAAUUUUUUGAAUAAUUAUAGGGCGACGCUUUGAUUGUUUGUAAAAAGAAAUUAGCAAGCAAGUCAGCGAUAAACGUGCAACGAAUAUUUUAUGAAACCCUCAACUAAAGUUGAAGAAACGCAGUGAAAAAGUUUUAGAAAAAUACAAAAUAAUUAUAGUUCAGUUUUGGUGGCUAAGCAAGAGAUAAACCGCAGCACUGAAACCGAAAGAUACAACGAACCGAACGGAUACAAAGAGAACACACAACUCGACCUUGACAAAGUCGCAAAAAGAAGAGAAGCAAAACCCAUGCUAUAAAGACUAGUCAUCAAAAAAUAGCCGAAAAGCAACGAAAAAAACUGUAAAAAGUAUUAUUUUGAAGUGUAUUAUUAAUUGUACGAAAAACGAAUCCACAACGCCCCCAAAAAGAGUUGAACUGAACGAAAAAACAAUUACGAAUUUAUAGCCUUAAGCUCAUUUUUAUUUUUGGUGGGCGUCUGUCUCAAAUGUGCCAUAAAAGUAUAGAUAACGAAGAGUCCCGUCCCGACUCGCAAUUAACUGACUAAGUGAUCCCCGCACCGAGGAAUGUGUUUUUGCAUAUCGGGGACCUCAAGGACCUCCGAAGAGAUUGCGCCAUGUUCGCCCCCCGAAACUCAUCGCCAGUUGCCAUUUACGGCAAGGAGGAUGUGGCAGCCUACGAGAUAAAACUCAAAAAGGUCCUGGGCCUGACUGUGUGCAGCAAUGCGGCUCUGGAUGUGUCCCCAGUCAGCGGCCUGCUGGCCUAUCCAGCUGGCUGCACCGUGGUGCUCUUCAACGCGAAGCGCCAGACACAGGCCUACCUGGUCAACACCUCCCGCAAAGCAUUCACUUCCGUGGCGUUCUCCCGGUGUGGUCGCUACGUGGCCACCGGGGAAUGCGGCAUCAAUCCGGCCAUCAAGGUCUGGGAGCUGGAGACUCCGAACGGAAGUCUGGAGCACUGCAGCGGCGGCAGUGUUGUUGCUGAGUUUGUGGACCACAAAUACGCCGUCACCUGUGUGGCCUUUUCGCCCACUGGCAAGUACCUGGUUUCGGUGGGCUCCCAGCACGACAUGAUUGUCAAUGUGUUCGACUGGCGGGCCAACCUCAAGAUGGCCUCGAAUAAAAUCAGCUCCAAGGUGGCUGCCGUCUGCUUUUCCGAGGAUGGCAGCUACUUUGUCACCGUGGGCAAUCGCCACGUGAAAUACUGGUAUCUGGAGGGAGGCAGAAAGUACAAGGAUCCUAUUCCCCUGAUGGGUCGGAGCGCCAUUCUGGGCGACUUGCGGGACAACGACUUCUGUGCGGUGGCAUGUGGCAAGGGGAUCUGUGCGGAGAGCACGUACGCCAUUACGCGGCAAGGACACUUGGUGGAGUUCAGCUCCCGCCGUCUGCUGGACAAGUGGGUGCAGUGCCGCACCUCCAAUGCCAACUGUAUCUGCGUGAAUGAGAGAUUCAUCCUCGUGGGCUGUGCGGAGUCCAUCAUACGCAUCUUCAAUGCGGCCACGCUGGAAUACGUGACCACUCUGCCCAGAACUCAUUACUUGGGCGUGGAUGUGGCCCAGGGCAUCCAGAUCAACCACAUCAUGUCGGUGCCACAGCAGGCCAAGUUCCCCGACUGCAUUGCCAUGGUGUUCGACGAACAGCGUUCCAAGGUGAGCUGCGUCUACAACGAUCACUCUCUUUACAUCUGGGAUCUGCGCGACAUCUCACGAGUGGGCAAGUCGCACUCGUUCCUUUAUCACUCCACUUGCAUCUGGGGCGUGGAGACAGUGCCAUAUAACGUGGAGCGGGAUCCGUCGCAGACCCUCCCAGAGGAAUGCUUCGUCACCUGCUCCUCGGACGACACGAUCCGUGUCUGGGGAUUGGAUGGAUGCACCAACAACGACAUCUACCGAAGGAACAUCUACUCCAAGGAGCUGCUGAAGAUCGUCUACAGCGACGAGGAACUGCAGUUUAUCAAGGAUCAGGGUUCGUCUCUGUUCGAUAAAGCUGGAAACUCCUCCUACGAUGGAAGGAAUGGAGUGCGGUGCAUCAAGAUCAGUCCGGAACUGCAGCACUUGGCCAGUGGAGAUCGGUGCGGCAACAUACGUGUGUACAGUCUGGUCAAUUUGCGCCUGCUCACUACCAUCGAAGCCCAUGAGUCUGAGGUGUUGUGCUUGGAGUAUUCAAACGAGAAGAUCGAGCGAAAGUUGUUAGCCAGUGCCAGUAGGGAUCGACUGAUCCAUGUGUUCGACGUGGCACAGAACUACCUACUGCUACAAACGCUGGAUGAUCACAGCUCCUCCAUCACCUCCAUCAAGUUUGUGGGUGCAGGACUCAACUUCCAGAUGAUCAGUUGUGGCGCCGACAAGUCCAUUAUGUUUAGGAGUUUUCAGGGAAGUAUCUUCAUGAGAGGCACCAACACCUCAGGAAAGACGACGUUGUACGACAUGGAGGUGGACUCGAAUGCCAAGCACAUUUUGACCGCCUGCCAGGAUCGCAACGUGCGGGUUUACGGAACCCAGAAUGCCAAGCAAACAAAGACCUUCAAGGGCUCCCAUUCAGACGAAGGGAGUCUGAUUAAACUCAGUCUGGAUCCCAGUGGCAUCUAUGUGGCCACUUCCUGCACGGAUAAAACGCUUGCUGUUUAUGAUUACUACUCGAGCGAGUGCAUGGCAAGGAUGUAUGGUCACAGCGAGUUGGUCACGGGACUGAAGUUCACCAACGAUUGCAGACAUUUAAUAUCCGCAAGUGGCGACGGUUGUAUUUUCAUAUGGCAAGUGCCGCACGAUAUGAUAGUGACCAUGCAGGCCAGGAUGUCGCAACAGCGUCUCAGAUCCGGGCAUGCUCCGUUGCCACGCCCCUUGGCUCCAAUUUCGCCACCGGAUGGUAUUGUCCUGGAAUCGCCCACCAGUGAAAUAGAGCAGCCGCAAUUGCAGCCCAAGUUUGGAGUGGCUGAAAGGUUCUCCGAUGUGGGUCAACUGCCUCAGUGGGCGAUGCGAAAAGCAGCAGCGGAUUCGGAUAGUGGUGCCUUGUCCAUACCCACGCCCAGUGGUGGAUCUGCAACUGUGCCUGGCAUGCAUGCUGCUUCAUCGAUGGGAAAUCUGAGCUCAUCGCCCAGUCAACAGAUGCCAGGACUGGCACCCCGGGCAAGGGGAAGAUGGGCCCAGAGGAGCACUCAAUUGGAAACGGCCGAUGACCUGCGCUCCAACUCCGAAAGUCCCUUGGGAACCGUUUCAUCUGUAGGUGGUCACAGUGGUGUGAAUGUCCAGACCUCUGAUUACAAUAGUGCCUCUUCCAAGGACAUUACGUACAAUCAAACCUACUUGAGCGAGGACUCCUCCAUCGAUUCUGGGAUGGAGACGCGAAGGGGCGAACUCAAGUUCAUUGGCAGCAGCAACAACGGAACGGUGGUCACUGUGUCCUCCGUUUCCUCGAUGGCUGUUUCUGCCUCCAACGGUGCCAUGUCGACGGGUUCUGGAGCUGCUCAACAGCGUCUCCAGUUGCCGGAUAAACGGUUGAAGCCGGGUCUGCGGUUUGAUACCCACACCCAUGAUCACGAUGGGGAUGUGGAGGACAUCUCCGAUGGAGAGAGAACUAGCUCCGAUCACGGAAUGUUCUACAACAAUCUCGCGCCCAGCACACCAACAGAUUUCAAGGUCACGGCCAUGAACGAGGAUGAGCUGCGCAAAUCGGUGCGCCGUCAGAAGUUUGAAAAGUCCGGCCUUCAGCUUACCCCCUCGGCCCUCAGCGGAAAUGGAAGUUCGCAUACGGCGAGCACCGGAACUGGGACCUCCGAUACCGAAGACGAAGGCUCCACGCCCAGUGCCGAAAAUGCCGAGCGGUCGCUGGCCUCCACGUUGGGCGGCAGCUCGGAAAAUCUGCCCCAGAGCAGCAGCAACAGCUUCCUGCACGCCGCCUUGCCAGAGGGACCGGGACUAGCAACGCCCAUGGAAAGGGGUGGCAGCAGUCGCCGCAGCAUCAGCGCCAAGCACAAUACGGAGAAUGGGAAGGGCGUGGCGGCCCCGCCCACCAUCACCAAGUCGUAUACGAGCACCAAAAAGGAGGAGCUGCUGCAGGUCAUCAACAAGGUCAAGCAGCAACUGGAGAAUGGUACGCGCAAAAAUGGCAACACAAGGUUGAAUGCUAUAGCGGAGGUAGGCCAUAGACCCCUCCGGGGAAGCCAUAGCAUAUCGGACCUGAGUCUGGCAGCCAACUUGGAUGGAUCGAGGAAUGCAGGCGGAGGACCAGGACGUUACACGAAGCCAGUUGCCUCCCAUGACACUUCGCAGUAUACUAGUCCUCAAAACGCAACAGCUACUGCUGCACCCACGAACACCCAGCAGCAGCUCCAGCCACCAGUGCAGCAGCAAUACCAAAUUCCGAAGGAGCCACAUCAGCAAUAUGCGCCUCCCGCCUCCCAGCAAUUCUUCAACUGUGCUGCCCCGAAAUCGAAGUUGCAGCAGAACUUCCAGACGAUGCGACAGGUUCAGCAGCACUAUCCGCCCUAUCCACAUCACGUGGGCGUGCAUCAGAUCCAUCCGCCUCCAGGUGUACCAUUUGGAGGAUCUGCAGCGGGUUCCUCAUCUGGAAUGCGUUCGCAUUCCCAGCCGCAGCACCGUCAACAGCAGCAGCAGCAGCAACAACAAAGGGCGAAGAGGAAUCCAGCUGGGAAUAACAGGCGUACGCCGAGCAUCCUGAAGCACUACAAAUCUUGUCCAGUGUCUCCAGUCCACGAAGAGGUGGAAUGGUCUGCGGAGGGAAACGAGAGAGGUGCUCUGCUCGGCGAACCUAAAAGACACUCUGUUUAUGCUGAUGAUGCUAGAACCAUUCUGGAUAUGAUCCAUGCUGAUACGGAAAAGAUGAUUGAUGAGAUCACCCGGAAAUACGGCGAUUUGGAUGAGCCCAGUAUCCCAGCCUCGUACUCCAUGCCAGCGAAUCUGAGGAACUUGGGAGGACUGGGUUCCACUGGCGAUUCCACGCCCACUGGCCGAACUACACAGUAUUAUGUUUACAGGGAGUUUUACCAGUGCGAGAGAAAAGUGUCCCUCUCCGAUAUUCUGCAGCCCGAGCAAUUUGCAGCCAGUCAGAGGAGACUGGACGAGGCCAGAUUUCUGGAGACCCAGCGCCAUUCCAGUGCCAGUUUCUUCCUCACCGGCCAGCAGAGUCAGGAGUCACUGUCUCUGCUUUCCGAUGGCGAUGGUCCUGGAAGCUAUUGCAACAGCUUGGAGAGCGUACUGUCGGACGAAAGUGAUUGCCAGAGUGCUCCCCUGGAGUAUCCACAAACUCAGGUGGCUGUUCUUCAACAGCGCCAUGCCGGCAUCCGCAACUUUAUUAUCCACGGUCCGGUUUCCAAGUCGUACGGGAACAGCCCCAAUGCCUAUGGCAGCUUCGACUACUAUAUGCGACAACAGCAUUCCACAACAACGGAUAGCUUCGAUGUCACGGGCUACAAUCUGGAGCCACUGAAACCACUGCCCAGUUCUAAGACAUAUCCCAGGAUAGCCCAGGUUCAGGUCUCUGAAAAUAUACCCACUCUGCGAUCCAAGAAUAAGCAAUAUACCUCAGGUGUUAACAAGUCCUUAAGUACGGACUUCGCCCAACAGCGACAGCAAAGGAAUUCGAAUCCCAUGCAAUCAGGAGACAAUCUCUUUGUGAGGAAACCAUUGAAACCCAAGCCGCCGGUGCCGGCGAAACCUCACAAUCUAGUCAGCACCUUGACCCACAUGGAGAAGCAGCAAAAACAGAAAUCCCAGUCGAGAACCGCCAGUGUUGUCCAGCAAUUCGAGCAUAACUUACAGAAAUUUGAAAAGGAAAAGCAAAGGGAGCGGGAACAGCAACGGAGGCCGGCGAUGCGAAGCUCAGUAAGUUCUGGAGCUCUGGCUGGAGGAUCAGCGACCCAGAGUUGUCUGAAGAAAGUCUCCCGCUUUGAUACCAGCGAAAGCAGUCGAAGGGCCACCAGUGUGAGGCAGAAAAAUAGGCCAAAGAUCUCUGUGCGCUUCAAUACAGUCUCGCAGAUCAAGUAUACGCCCAGUGCCAAGAGGGAAAGACAGGCCAGAGAGGAGGAGCCGCCGGAAAUGGAAGUGGGCAGCCUGCCCAGCGAUUAUGGAGAGCGCAGUUUCGAAAUGUAUUUCGCGGAGAACGGAAAUGCCCCGGAAAAUCUGGAAAAUAUGCAGUCUCUCAAACUGUACACCAAGCCCCAACUCCAAGCAGUGGUGGAUGAGAUACAACAGGAGCGGGAGAAGUAUCGGAAAAACCUUGACAACGCUGGGAAGAUCAGCGGAAAGGGAGGAAGUGGAAAGGGAAAAGCAAAAGCAAAAGGAGCAGGCAGCUCCACCAGCCAUCAGUGCCAGAAUAUAGCCAAAAAGAUCGACAUCAUCGAGAAGUUAAUCGCCAUGGAGGAGAACAAAAUGGAGCAAAUACGCUUGGCCACCGAAUCACGAUUGAGGCCCUUCAACUGCAAUGCCAAGGAGAAGGGCUAUGUGAAAAGUUUGACCAUGAACUUUGACAUGCUGGCCAGAGGCGAAGAUCCCACAGAAGAUGAGGAUCUGGCAUCCAAAGAUGCCUCGGAUCUGUGCGCCUAUGCGAGGAAUAUACGCAGAAACUGCAGCUUACCAGAUGUCCUCGAGAGCACCGAUUUCACUGGCAUCUACAACAGCCAGGGCGUGGAGUUGGCCAAGGAAGUGAUAGCCGACGACGAGAGCGGAGAUCCGGAAAACACCGAGAUCACUGCAGCUAGCGCUGAUCACGAUGCCAUCAGACAGACUGUUGUUUUGAGGAUGGAGCCAGGCAAUCCCAAAACGCUCAAUCCCAUGCCCAUCGAGGAGUCCUCCAUACGCCGCGCCUGCUCGCUGAGCGACCUGCACAUGGGCAACUUUGGCAAGCCUGGAAAAUCGCAGAAUGGCACUCCACAGAAGCCGCAGGUCCAGCACCGAAAUGGAAACGUCUCGCGAUCGGCCAGCAAAAGGAACAGUUUGCAGGGCAAAACUGGACUGGGUGCCUCCAGCAACUCAAUGAACGUACUCAAUCAGGGUAGCGACUCGGAACCCGAGGACAGCAACCGCUUGCGGAGUGCCAGCAACGGACAGGGACGCAGUAAUGGACCCAUUGCUGCGAAUCGCCAGUACAGCAACAAGACUAACAAUGUCAACAACAAUCGGCGAAAGGCGCCAAACUUUAGCAGUGCCACGCCCAUGCAGGACGACUCCAGCUCCGAGGAGACGCCCAAUAGCACUGUCAACAACAAGCCCAUUGUGCCACCAAGACCUAGAAACCUGGCCUUCGAUCACAAGAGCAAGCUGAUGAUAAACAAUAGUGGCGGCCCCGGCGGAAAUGCCAAACAGCGGAGCGGUGUGACUUCCACGGAGGAUUACGAGGGCACAGAUCCGGAAGCCCAAGUACACAAUGUGAUCAAUAAACUUUAUACAACCACACAGGCAGCUAUGCAGCUGCAUGCGAAUCUGAAGAAUUCACUGCUGCUGAAGGAACUGGAGAACGCCCUCAUCAUGUCCAGGAAUAUGCUAAGCAGCAUCACCAAUCGACAAGCGGAGAAGACGAACAACGGAGGCGGAAUGGGCGGAGGAUUAGGAGUGGGUGGUAGUGGGGGAUUGAACCACGAUCAGCUGAACGCUGACAACGGAGACUAUCUGAUGAUGGUCAACAACUGUGCCGAUCUUUUGAGCAAUUUACGCACGAAGCACAAACCCGAUGACUGUGAGAAUAACUCCUAGUGUGUAGAGCUUAGGAUAGACUAAAUGACUAAACGAGGGCAGAGGAUCUGCGGGGAGGACUAACCAACAACUAUUUAUUUAACUGAAACCACACACACAGGCGAAUGGCAAGGAAAUCAAGCAAGCAACCACUAAUUUGUAAUUAAUAAACAUUCACAGUUGAUGUAAAUUUAUUUUCUUAGUAAUUAGUUCAAGUUGCGUAGCCGCUAAGUUAUAUGUUUCGUUUUUGUGCGCGUGUGCAUUUCUUUUAACAAUAAUUUAUACGGCAACCGAUUGCGUUUAGCUUGAAUUAAAUUCUGUAAAUGUUAAGUUUAAUAAGCAGUUUAUGUACGUGUUAAGUGUUAUUUGAGUUUAAGGCGGAAUGAUACGGAAUGACCGGACCGGACCGGAGGAGUCGAGCGAAAUGUUACAAAGUGCGCUUAGUCUAUGCCUUCUUUCUGUAUGAUUUAUUUGCUCUUUUUUGUUGACGUUCUGUUUGUGAAUCACUCCAAAUGAAAAAGACAAAAGUACGAGAAAUGUGUGUCAAAUUUGAAUAUUCCAAAAUUUCAAUUUAUACCCAUAUACUAUGUAUGCCUACUCACAUUAUAUUUAUAUGCAUCUAGACAUGCCACAAAUGAUUAUCUGGGAAUUGCUUAUGAGAAGAAUCAAAGAUAUUCAGACUUUUGAUCAGAGCGAAAAAUCAAUUUCCAAUCAAUUUGUUCUGUAAUUAUUCUGUAUUAGUUAAUUAUUCGAUUGUAUUUACAACAAUUAUAACACUACCUAUAAAUAUACAUAUAUACCUAGAU